GUGUACCGGCGUAAAAAUUAGUGGUGAGCACCAAAAAUAAAAAUAGGUCUGGAUUACCUCCACGAGAAAACUACUUCUAUCUAUUGAAUAUUAUCUUUAUUACGCCAAUUUUGACUACAAAUUUGUUUAAUAGUUACUUUCUGUAUCGUUCCUGCCUUGCUAUACCUUUGAGAAAUCGUUUCAGUUUAUUAAAAGUCGUUUUGCUCCAAGUAUUAGUCAGUUAUAGCUUAACCGCCCAAAUCUCCGAGCUAAUCCUUUCCAUCCCGUUCAACUCCGUAUACUCAGUCUCUUUGAAUUGAAUAUGAGACGUGCUGUAUCAAAGAUUAUACCUAGUAAGCUAUCCGGUUCUGAUGGGUUUGGUAUUCUUCAUAAUCAUCACGAUCAUGCCAAUGAUUAUAGCAUAGAAGAUCAUAAUCUACCGAAUAACCAUAAUAAUAAUAGUAAUAAUGGACAUUCAUUUUUCUCAAAUAGUCUAUCUAAUUUGUCAAACAAGAUUGAUUUCAACUCGGUGGAAGAUUUUUAUAUCGUUUUAGAUAAUCCUCAUAAUUCAUGGCUACCAGGAGAUGAAAUUAGUGGUCAAAUCAUUUUUUUAACCAAAAAAAAUAUUGCUAAUAUUAUAAUAACACUCUCCUUAAUUGGUUAUGUUAAAUUGAAUGCGUCUUCUCAUUCUAAAUUGAGACCAAUCAAACACAAUCUAUUCCAUCAUACCAUUAAAAUUUAUGGUGGUGAUGAAAAUCUUAGUAAUCACGAAGAAUUCUCAAAUGGGCUAUUUAAGGGAGAACAUCGAUUCCCGUUUAUUGUUAAAUUGCCAAAUAAAAGAAUAUUCACUAGUAUUGAUUUUGGCAGAGGCUCAAUUGUUUAUUUAUUGAGAGCGGCUAUUGAAAAUAACUCAAUAUCAAAUUCUAUUCCCAACUCAAAUUCAAAUUCAAAUCCUAGUUCAAAUGCAAAUUCUCCAGGUAACUUAAUUAACAAAACAAGACAUUUAAAAAUCUUAUCUUCUCCAAGUCAUACAAGCGAAAAAUUUAUUACUUUAAUAAAUCCAAUUGAUAUUUCUAAACUACCUAUUCCAAAACCUAAAAAAUUAAUCAUCAAAGAUCCUCGUCAAACUAAAAAAUUAUCAAGAACUCAACUGUCUACUUCCACCAUCAAUACAAUAAAUACUUAUAGUACUUUUUCUUCAAAUACUUCAGAUAACCCUGAGAAUGACUUAAAUUCAAAUAACGAGUCAAAUAAUGUUAAUAUAUCUACUCCCCCUUCGGACUUGAAACCAGAAUCUAUCCGAUUAUCUUUGGAAAUCCCUAAAAGAGGUUAUCUUCGAGGCGAAUUGAUUCCAAUUAAAUUAAAUAUUAAUCAUUUGAAAAAAUUACAAGACGUCAAUGGUAUUAUAAUCACUUUGGUCAGAGUCUGUCGUUUAGAUAAUGGCUCAAAUGGAUUAUUUGAAUCUUUCCGUAAAGAUUUACAACAAUCAAUUAUUCCUCUUUAUGUUGAUCCGGUUACUUUUAAACUGGAAAUUAAUUCAAGUGUAAGAGUCCCCGCUGAUGCUUUCCCUACUAUUCUGGGUUGUCCCUUGGUUUCUUUCCAGUACUUCAUUGAAGUUUUGGUUAAUUUAUCCGGUAAAUCAGUCAGUAUAGAUGGUAACACUGAUCAUCUGUCAAAUAAACAAAAAAAGGAUGAUUCUUCUCAUUUAUUAGAAUCUUUACAAAAAUCAAAUGGUGAUUUGAAAAAUUUCGAAUUAUUCAAUUUCAAUAAUAACAAUUUAAUUAAUCAAAAUGAAAGAUCAGAUUUUAUUAAUACCGAUAAAUUUAAAAGAAUGAAAAAAUUUAUUCAAAUCACUACUGAAAUAAUUAUUGGUACUCAUAAACUGGAAAGUAAUGUAAAUAGUCCAUUGAGUGAAGAAAAUAAUAAUUUAUCAAGAAUUGGUAAUCAAAAUGUUAACGGCAUUUCUCCUUUAUCAAGAAGAUCUUCCCUGUUUUCUGGUUCCACCGGCUCUCCAAAUGCUUUUAGUCAAAAUGGUUCUUCCGCUUCUCCUCAUAUGAAUGAUCUUACCAAUAAUACCGCUCCUCCGCCACCUCCACAUCCUUCUUCUUCAAAUCAAAAUAAUAUACCCUAUAUAAAUGUUAUUCCUGAAUCAAUGGCUAUUAAUAAUUUUGAAUCCCCUCCUUAUUUUGAUCAACAACAACCUAUUCCACACUAUAACGAAAUUUCAAAUAAUCCUAUCGCUGCUCCCGAUGCAUUGGGUUCUUCAAAUCUUAUUCCUUUACCUAACCAACCAGAAUUAUCCGAAAAAGAUCGUAUCAAAGCUCAUGAAUCAAGUUUAUUACCUUCAGAACCUCCCUUAGAUUUGGAUAAUACCUCGAAUGACGUUGCACUGGACCAUGACACUAUAAGUCCAAUUGAUCAAAAUAAUGAUAUUUUAGAAAGUUUACCAAAUUCGACUGACCAAAAUAAUGAACAUAAUAAUACAAAUGACGCUUAUCAAUUUUUUAGUAAUAAUUCCAUUAAUGACGAUAAUGAAUUAUAUCAUGACGCUCCAAAUAUUACUUCGAAUGUUGAUAAUGAUCAAGAUUCAAAACUUGACUUUGUCCCUAAUUACGAACUGGCUAAUAAUGAUAGACUUUUAAUUUCUAAUUCAAACUCCAAUAGUACUGGUACUAAUGGCCAUUGA